AUUGAAACAGAGAAAAAAAUACUUCAUCUCGACAAAGAGCGUCGACGAAAAAGAGUAAUAAGCAAAUAAAUUGCUUUAUUAUCUCUUUCACCAAACAUUACAAGUCUUCUCUUUGCUGCUUCUCUCUUUAAGUUUCUGUCAAUUCAAUCCAAGAAAAUUUAUCAGUUAUAUUACCGGUAAAGUAAAAUUGUGCAGAUCUGAAAAGUUAGGGUUUGUGGCGGACAAAAUGCAAACAAGGUAUAUGGAGAGGACUAAUAGUAUGGCUAGAGGUAAACGAGCUUUAGAAGGUGAAGAAGACCAACCUGAGCGUAAACGGCCUGCUUUAGCUAGUGUCAUUGUAGAAGCUCUGAAGGUGGACAGUCUUCAGAAGCUCUGCUCGUCUUUGGAACCUAUCCUGCGCAGAGUUGUAAGCGAGGAAGUAGAACGUGCAUUGGCAAAGAUGGCCCCUCCUAGACUUAAUGGAAGGGCUUCUCCAAAACGGAUUGAAGGUCCAGAUGGAAGAAACUUACAGUUGCACUUUAGAUCAAGGUUGUCUCUUCCUCUUUUCACUGGAGGAAAAGUAGAGGGGGAGCAGGGUGCCGCAAUCCACAUUGUUCUGAUUGAUGCUAAUACUGGUCAUGUUGUAACUUCUGGUCCUGAAGCCUUUGUAAAGCUAGAUAUUGUGGUGCUUGAAGGCGAUUUCAACAAUGAAGAUGAUGAAGGCUGGACCCAAGAAGAGUUUGAAACCCAUGUUGUUAAAGAAAGGGAAGGAAAGCGACCACUGUUGACUGGGGACUUGCAAGUCAUCCUUAAGGAAGGGGUAGGAAGUCUGGGGGAUCUUACUUUCACAGAUAACUCAAGCUGGAUAAGGAGCCGGAAGUUUAGGAUGGGAUUGAAGGUUGCCUCUGGAUUUUGUGAGGGUAUACGCAUUCGUGAGGCAAAGACAGAAGCGUUCACUGUCAAAGAUCACAGAGGAGAAUUAUACAAAAAGCACUAUCCACCUGCAUUAAAUGAUGACGUAUGGAGAUUGGAAAAAAUUGGCAAGGAUGGCUCAUUUCAUAAGAAGCUAAAUAAUAAAGGAAUUUUCACAGUUGAAGACUUCUUACGUCUUCUGGUCAGGGAUGCUCAAAACUUACGAAAUAUUCUGGGGUCUGGUAUGUCGAACAAAAUGUGGGAAGCUCUUGUAGAGCAUGCAAAGACUUGUGCCCUAAGCGGGAAGCUUUAUGUCUAUUAUCCUGAAGAUUCAAGGAAUGUUGGUGUUGUCUUUAAUAACAUCUAUGAGCUAAAUGGCCUUAUUUCUGGGGAACAAUACUAUUCAGCCGGUUCUCUGUCUGACGAGCAAAAGGUAUAUGUGGAUACAUUGGUGAAAAAAGCAUAUGAGAACUGGAAUCAGGUGGUAGAAUAUGAUGGCAAGUCUCUUAUGAACUUCAAGCAAAGUAAGAGGUCAAAUACUUAUCGAAAUGAAAUUCAGAUAGGCCAACUGGGUUACUCUCAUGCUUUAGACCAUCAAAUGCAAAUACCACGCUUACCAGCUUCGGUUACUGAUGAGCAGGCUUCUGUGCAUUCGGGUGUCCAUGUUGGAGUGUACAACGAUAGUAUGGGAACAGGAUUCUCGUCUCAGCCCCAGUUUAUGAAUCCAAAUUCACGUCCGCAGUACGACAACACCUCAUUCUUGGCACAUGAACCUUUGAUCAAUAACUCUCACCCGACUCAAAGUACGAGAAAUGAUAGCAGUGUUGGCCUAGCUCUUGGUCCUCCCCAGUCAUCUAGCUCAGGUUUUCAAGCUCUUGGCUCUUCGAUGCAGCCAUCCAAUGUCAAUCCUUUUGAUGACUGGACCAACAACCGGGAUAAGGGAGUUGAUGAUUACUUUAAUGAGGAAGAAAUUCGUCUCCGAAGUCAUGAGAUGCUUGAGAAUGAAGAUAUGCAACACUUGCUUCGCCUCUUUAGUAUGGGGGGUCAUGCCUCAGUUAAUAUGCCUGAAGACGGGUUUUCAUUCCCUAAUUUUAUGGCAUCACCAAUGCCAAACUACGAUGAGGGCGGUGCGCGUCCUGGGAAAGCUGUUGUGGGGUGGUUGAAAAUCAAGGCUGCAAUGAGAUGGGGAUUCUUUAUUAGGAAGAAAGCAGCUGAAAGGCGGGCACAACUCGUCGAAUUGGAUGAUGAAGAGUAGGAGUUAGGUAAGUCGUUGCUGUCAAGACUAUUUGCUAGUAUCAAAGUGAGAGAGUGAAAGAUGCCAAAAGUCUUCUUUUAACGCAGCAAUGUAUAUGAGGUUUUACAACUGCAUGAAACUGCUGGUUUUGAAGUCUCAAAGACCUCUCUCGACGGUUUCCGGGCAUUCAGGUAUCAGAGAAUUUCUUGUUGUACAUAAUGUACAGUUUGUUGUUUCUUUUGCCACUCUUAUUGCUUAGCAAGAAGCUUCUCUGAUUACAACUUUUAUCAUCAUUGGGUGUAUUAUAUAAAUACAUUAAAGAUUCUUAAGGGGGUGAGUUUAUUUUCAGCUAAUGGCCCUCUUCUUCUUCUUCUCGUUUGACUGAUUAGGGGAACCUUUUUCCAAUAAUAGGUAUGGCUUUAUCUCUUGUAUUAGUCAUGUUUGCAGUACCCUUAAUAGCAUAAAUUUUUUUCUUUGUUUUA